UGUCUCUGGGUAAGGAACAGUGAAGAAAGUGGCGUCUCUACAUUCACAGUAAGGGCGAGUUUAUGAAACAGCCUGCUGUGAUUUCUCCUCCAUUAGCGAUUUAUAACAGUGCUUUCCUUACCCAGACCGAGGGGCGAGGUGGGUCAAAGAAAACAAUUCAGCGUUAGCUCGCAAUGGAAACGAGUCUUCAGCGGAACAGAAAUGUUUGUGGACGCUUUGUGGACGCAAGGAAAAUGUCUUGACUGCUCACGCUGACGGUUCGCGGUAUUUCCUAUGCUGUAGUCUUUUGUGUUGAACAGUUUUUAAAGGGGAUUUGGUAGAUGGCGCAUCCUGUAGCGUGGACUUGAAGCGUUGACGCCAGUAUAUUUCAGAGCUACUUCUGAUGACCGGGGCAGGCAGCCAAAGAAUGGACAAAAAUGAUGCAUCAUGUAAUCUGUUUAUCUAAACUUUGAGCAACAAUUUUAUGUCGGGGCGAGUGACUGCAUGGGCAACAGCAGAGAGGAGUAGGUAACUGACUAAUGUUGAUGAAAAAGAGCUUUCAUUUCCUUGUUUCGUUGUGAAUGUUUGACUCUUCUGUUCGUGGACGUAACACGCACUUAAAGGAUCUGAGGGACGACACGACAGUGUGUGUUGUGAUGCUUCUCCUCCAUUCCCUUUAUUGUCUCAGUUUUGGUUUCUCCUGCAACAUCUGUGUUAUUCCGGAAUGGCUCGCUUUGAAGACGAACCGACCAGCCGCUGUGGAGGCAGCUGUUCCACGGGCCCGGCCAGAGGUGCCAGCCGGCAGCCGGGGCCUCCGGGGGUCCAGAGAAUGUACAAGCAGACGAUGGCUCAGAGAGCCAGGACAAUGGCUCUUUACAACCCCAUUCCAGUCAAACAGAACUGCCUUACCGUUAAUCGCUCCCUGUUCAUCUUCAGCGAGGAUAACAUCAUACGGAAAUAUGCCAAAAAGAUCACCGAAUGGCCUCCAUUUGAGUACUUGAUCCUGGCCACCAUUAUAGCAAACUGCAUCGUGCUGGCUUUGGAGCAACACCUACCGGCCUUAGACAAAACACCGAUGUCAGAGCGUUUGGAUGACACAGAGCCCUACUUUAUUGGGAUAUUUUGUUUUGAGGCUGGCAUCAAGAUCAUCGCCCUGGGCUUUGCCUUUCACAAAGGCUCCUACCUGCGCAAUGGCUGGAAUGUAAUGGACUUUGUGGUGGUCCUAACAGGGAUCCUGGCCACUGUGGGUGCUGAUUUUGAUCUAAGAACACUGAGGGCGGUGAGAGUACUGCGGCCCCUCAAACUUGUCUCUGGCAUUCCAAGUCUGCAGGUGGUAUUGAAGUCCAUUAUGAAAGCCAUGGUACCUCUGCUGCAGAUUGGCCUGCUGCUCUUCUUCGCCAUCCUCAUGUUCGCCAUCAUCGGCCUCGACUUCUACAUGGGCAAGUUCCAUCGCACCUGUUUCAGGAUAGACACAGGCGAGCAGGCAGCAGAUUUCCCCUGUGGCCUGGAGGCUCCGGCCAGGACCUGUGAUAAUGGCACCACCUGUAAGGAGUACUGGAUCGGACCCAGCUUUGGCAUCACCAACUUUGACAAUAUCCUCUUUGCUGUUCUCACCGUUUUCCAGUGCAUCACUAUGGAGGGAUGGGUGGACAUCCUCUACAACGCUAACGAUGCCUCAGGGAACACGUGGAACUGGCUGUACUUCAUCCCCCUAAUCAUCAUCGGUUCCUUCUUCAUGCUCAACCUGGUGCUAGGUGUGCUGUCAGGGGAGUUUGCCAAGGAGAGAGAGCGGGUGGAGAAGAGGCAAGAAUUCCUGAAGCUCCGCAGACAGCAGCAAAUAGAGAGAGAGUUAACUGGGUACCUAGAGUGGAUCUGCAAAGCAGAAGAGGUGAUGCUGGCUGAGGAAGACAAGAACGCAGAGGAGAAAUCUCUGGAUGGAGCAUGGUACAAAAGGAAACACAACAACUCUGUGCUGAAAAGGACCAAGAAGAGUAAGGAUGACCUCAUCAAUGCAGAGGAAGGCGAGGAUCACUUCACCGACAUCUCAUCUGUUGCCCCCCCAGGAUCACCGUUCACCCGGGCCAGCAUGAAGAGCAAGAACGAGAGCUCAUCGUACUUUAGGAGGAAAGAGAAGAGGAUUCGCUUCACCAUUCGCCAUCUGGUCAAGUCCCAAAGCUUCUACUGGACUGUGUUGUGUCUGGUUGGCCUUAACACAUUGUGUGUGGCCAUAGUACACUACGACCAGCCUGAGUGGCUCACCUAUGCGCUAUACCUGGCAGAGUUUGUAUUCCUAGGCCUGUUUCUGGCAGAGAUGUCCAUGAAAAUGUAUGGCCUCGGACCCCAGAACUACUUCCACUCCUCUUUCAACUGUUUUGACUUUGGGGUGAUUAUUGGCAGUAUUUUUGAGGUGAUCUGGGCUGCCAUCAAACCCGGGGCCUCAUUUGGGAUCAGUGUCCUGCGGGCUCUGAGACUUCUCAGGAUCUUCAAAGUCACCAAGUACUGGAACUCUUUGAGGAACCUGGUGGUGUCCCUGCUCAACUCCAUGAAGUCUAUCAUCAGCCUGUUGUUCCUCCUCUUCCUCUUCAUCGUGGUCUUUGCUCUGCUGGGCAUGCAACUGUUUGGUGGCCAAUUUAAUUUUGAAGACGAAACACCGACAACCAAUUUUGACACAUUCCCAGCAGCAAUUCUCACCGUCUUCCAGAUCCUAACUGGGGAGGACUGGAAUGCAGUGAUGUACCAUGGGAUCGAAUCACAGGGGGGUGUUCAUGGGGGAAUGUUCUCCUCCAUUUAUUUCAUCGUCCUCACUCUCUUUGGAAACUACACGCUCCUCAACGUGUUCUUGGCGAUUGCUGUUGAUAACCUCGCAAAUGCCCAAGAGCUUACUAAGGAUGAAGAGGAACAGGAGGAGGCCAUCAAUAAGAAGCUUGCACUCCAGAAGGCUAAGGAGGUAAAGGAGGUCAGCCCCAUGUCGGCCGCUAACAUUUCUAUCACAGCUUUUCUAACACGCAGUCGAGGUAACGCGCACUCUAGCAGCUCAUCCAUCUGCAGCGUUAACUCACUGAGUUAUAUCUGCACCCCCGGCCAUCACUACCUGAGUAAGGAGCAGCAGAAGUCAGUGAAGACAAUGUCAGUGUGGGAGCAGAGGGCCAACCAGCUGAGGAGGCAGAACCGGGCGAGCUGCGAGGCCCUCUACAGUGAGCUGGAGCCUGAAGAACGUCUCCGCAUGUCCUCGGCCCUCCACAUCCGGCCUGACAUGAAGACCCACCUUGACCGGCCGCUGGUUGUUGAACCUUGUGACGGGCCUUUGCUGGGUGGCCACCAUCGCCACCAUCACAAGACCUGCAUGCCAGAGGAGGCCGAGACUACUGCUGACCCUCCUCCAGUUACUCACCAGCCAUGCCUACACCACCGCCACAGAGACAGGGACCGGGCCAGAAUGAGAGAGGAGACAAAUGAUAACGGUGACACCAGUAAAGACGGGUUGCACCACGUACAUCACAGCCACUUCAAAGACUACAACGGCAGCAAGGAAAAAGAGGGGAAGAGUGAGCGGUCCCGCAGUCGAGAGGGAGGCAGGAGGCAUCACCAUCAGAGCUCGGUGGACAACAACGCAGGUGGAGGAAUCACGAGUGAGAAAGAGCAUCGGCAUCAUCAUUCACACCGGCAUUCCCGAGGGGGCAAUGGGAUAGUGAACAGUGGAGGGAGGGGAGAACGAAGAUCCCGCCACAAUGAUGAACGUUCGUCUAACAGGGAUGGGGAUAGGAAUUCCAGAGGAGACAGUGAUGCCAAUGGAGAGAGGAGAAGAAAUAGGACUCAUGGAUCCAAGGGCCAAUCCACAGUUGAAGGAGAGAAAUCCAGCCAAAGAGAGAAGACCCACACUCACAGGGACAGGUUUGGUAACUCAGAGGGGGAGUCCCUAGCUAUCUCACCCCAGCAGGGCCCUGGGGGGAGCAACUGGCUUCCUGCCCGACCAGAGGACUCAGACAACCAGAGGAACGUCAGACGAACUGGCCAGAGCUCCAUCCAAAUUCCUCCUGUGACUAUCACUUCUCCACCUGGAGAGACCACACUUAUGCAAAUGAACAGUAUUGACUGUGAGACAAUGACCAUGAAUGAGAAGACCCUGGAGGAUCUAGGUCAAAGUGGACCCAAACCCAUCCUGCCUUACAGCUCCAUGUUCAUCUUUGGACAGACCAAUCCGGUGAGGCGGUUAUGUCACUAUGUUGUGACACUGCGUUAUUUUGAGAUGUCCAUCCUGGUAGUCAUUGCUAUGAGCAGUAUAGCUCUGGCAGCAGAAGAUCCUGUCUGGACGAAUGCCCCUCGCAACAAUGUGCUCAAAUAUCUGGACUACGCCUUCACUGGGGUUUUCACUUUUGAAAUGGUGAUCAAGAUGGUGGACCUUGGCCUGCUGCUACAUCCCGGUGCGUACUUCAGAGACCUGUGGAACAUUCUGGACUUCAUAGUGGUCAGUGGGGCGCUGGUGGCUUUUGCAUUUUCGGGGACCAAAGGCAAAGACAUCAGCACUAUCAAGUCACUGAGAGUUCUCCGGGUGCUCAGGCCUCUCAAGACUAUCAAGCGUCUGCCAAAACUCAAGGCCGUGUUCGACUGUGUGGUCAACUCUUUGAAGAAUGUGCUUAACAUCCUCAUCGUUUACAUCCUCUUCAUGUUCAUCUUUGCUGUCAUCGCAGUUCAGCUCUUCAAGGGGAAAUUCUUCUACUGCACAGAUGAGUCCAAGGGCCUGGAGAAGGAUUGCAAAGGACAGUUCCUAGACUAUGACAAAGAUGAGGUUGCUGCCAUGCCCAGAGAGUGGAAGAAAUAUGAAUUCCAUUAUGACAACGUGCUGUGGGCCUUUCUGACCCUCUUUACUGUCUCCACUGGGGAGGGCUGGCCAACUGUCUUGAAGCACUCUGUGGAUGCCACCUUUGAAGACCAGGGUCCCAGUCCAGGCUACCGGAUAGAGAUGUCCAUCUUCUAUGUGGUCUACUUUGUGGUUUUCCCUUUCUUCUUUGUCAACAUUUUUGUUGCUCUGAUCAUCAUCACCUUCCAGGAGCAGGGAGACAAGGCCUUGUCUGAGUGCAGCUUAGAAAAGAACGAGAGGGCUUGUAUUGACUUUGCCAUUAAUGCCAAACCUCUGACACGCUACAUGCCUGAGAACAUGCAGUCCUUCCAGUACAGGAUGUGGAAGUUUGUGGUCUCAGCUCCAUUUGAGUACUCCAUCAUGAUCAUGAUCGCUCUCAACACUGUGGUACUCAUGAUGAAGUUCCAUGGAGCUCCAGACUUCUAUGAAGCAAUGCUGAAGAACCUCAACAUAGUCUUCACCACUCUCUUCUCUCUGGAGUGUAUCCUCAAGAUUAUUGCUUUUGGUCCACUGAACUACCUAAAGGACGCCUGGAACGUGUUUGACUUUGUGACAGUGCUGGGCAGCAUCACUGACAUCCUGGUGACUGAAAUCAAUACUACGGACAGGCUGCUGAACCUGAGCUUCCUGAGGCUGUUCAGAGCCGCUCGGCUCAUCAAGCUGCUGAGGCAGGGCUAUACCAUCCGCAUUCUGCUGUGGACCUUCGUCCAGUCCUUCAAGGCCCUGCCUUAUGUUUGCCUGCUGAUUGCUAUGCUGUUCUUCAUUUAUGCCAUCAUUGGGAUGCAGGUGUUUGGCAACAUUGAGCUGAAUGAGGACACAGCUAUCAAUCACCACAAUAACUUCCGCACUUUUCUCCAGGCCCUCAUGCUGCUGUUCAGGAGUGCAACUGGUGAGGCGUGGCAUGAGAUCAUGUUAUCAUGUUUGAGUCACAGAGCCUGUGACGAGCGAUCGGGGUCCCAUGGAAAACAGUGCGGCAGUGAUUUUGCCUACUUCUACUUUGUCUCCUUUAUCUUCCUCUGCUCUUUCCUGAUGCUGAACCUGUUUGUGGCCGUCAUAAUGGAUAAUUUUGAGUACCUAACCAGAGACUCCUCCAUCCUGGGUCCUCAUCACCUUGAUGAGUUCAUCCGGGUUUGGGCUGAGUACGACCCAGCUGCAUGUGGCCGAAUCAAGUACCUCGAUAUGUAUCAGAUGCUGCUCCACAUGUCCCCACCCUUAGGUUUGGGAAAGAAAUGUCCACCAAGAGUCGCCUACAAGCGCCUCGUCAAAAUGAACAUGCCCAUUGCUGAUGACAACACCGUCCACUUCACCUCAACCCUGAUGGCCCUGAUUCGCACUGCCCUGGAGAUUAAACUGGCCUCAGGCAUGGUAGCCCAGCGAUUAUCUGACGCUGAGUUAAAGAAGGAGCUGUCUACAGUGUGGCCCAACCUCUCUCAAAAGACCAUGGACCUGUUGGUGACGCCACAUAAACCCAAUGAACUGACAGUAGGGAAGGUUUAUGCGGCCCUAAUGAUCUUCGACUACUAUAAGCAGAAUCGAUCAAGGAGGCUGCAGCUGCUGCAGCAGCAGCAACAACAGAGCGCAUCAGGCUCCCAGUGCAAGGUCGGGGCUCUGUUUAAGCCAUUGCUGCCUCUGACUCACAUGCAGGAGAAAGAUCUGCCUAUGAUGUUAAACAGUGUGGAGCCUCCCAGCAUGCUUCAGCCCCAGCCCAAAUCCCAUGCCAACUUCCAGCCACAGACCGGACCUAGCUCCAACUCCCUCAACAAUGGAGGCACGCUGCCAGGUCAUGACCACAUCAAGGCAUCAUCUUCCUGGGUGAUGGAGAAACCCAAGGAAGCGCCCCGAGCAAAGACUAAGAGAACCACGUCCAGAGGCCCAUCAGAGGACACACCGGACACUGAUGUCACUCAGUCAUUGGAGAUGAGGAAGAUGGAGACCAGGGCCAGCAGCAUAAUCCCAGUCCCAGGCUCAGGUCUAGAGAACCAGGGCAGAGCUGCUUCUAUGCCUCGGCUCAAUGGUGAACUGCAGUCUGUCCCUGAUGCCAGCCCUAUGAAGCGCUCAGCCUCCACUGUGGCCCCACAGCAUCCCCAGGAGGUCAACCUGAGAGACUACACCCUGGAGAAACCCGCCCAGGACCGACCUCACCACCACCAUCACCACCACCACCGCCGCCGCUGCCACCACCGCAGAGACAGAGAUAAAGACAGAGAGAAGAGGCAGCGGUCCUUGGAUAAACCUCUCUGUGGACAACCACCCGGCUUUGCUGGUCCACCAGGAGAGCCAGCGUCUGACCCAGCUGCCUCCAGAGAGCGAGGCCAUGACCGCGGACGCUCCCAUGAGAGGAAACACCACCACUCCUCGACAGACAAGCAGCGCUACUACUCCUGCGAUCGCUACUGCAGUCGGGAACACUGCCACAACAAAUCUGCCACCGCCAGCUGUGCUGCCUCCCCUGGUGAGGGACAGGAAACCACCAACAAGCAGGGCAGUGGUUGGGUUAAAGGCAGCCCAGUGACAUUGAGCUCCAGUUCCAGCACGCCAAGUCGCGGACGUCGGCAGCUCCCCCAGACCCCGCUUGCCCUGCAGCCUGGGGUGGCCUUUAAGACUGCCAAUUCAUCACCCGUGCACUUUGUGUCCAGUCAGGCGUCUCUGAGUCCCGGCCAGCUGAGCCGUGGCUUGUCAGAGCACAACUCUGUCCAGCGCAGCAGCUCCCGCCACUUUCCCUCUCCUGUCACUCGUAUUAGCUCAGAACCUUUCCUGGGCCAGGGCCAGGGCCACGGUGAGGACCUGGGCAGCCUGUAUGGCAGCCUCCGAGACCAGCUGGAUGUCUUCCAGGAUGCGGUGUCACUGUCCAGCCCCCGUGCCGGACAUUCAUCUCGGACCACACUGCCUCGCAUUAUGGGAGCCCUGUCUCCUGCUCCACAGAACCUUGGGGUCCCCAACGGGUACCACUUCAGCUUCGGGGGCAGGACCAGCCCAGGCUCUGGCUUCAGGGCAUCCAGGUAUUACCAGGAGGCAGAGGCAGACGAAUGGUGCUAGCAUGGCUUUAAAAUAACCUUUAGAAUGCAUAUUUGAGGAAUUGUGAUGAGUUUUAUCAUCUUCUUUGAAGGAUUUAGUUUACAUUGUCAUUGUGUGUGUUUUAUGCUGUAUUUUAAUUCUAACUCGGAGAGCAACGCUUAGGGAGAACAGAGAGAAAGCUGGAAGUGGAUUAUUUGAAUGUGUCGUCUUUAUCAAAGGACAUGUAGCAUUAUGAAACAAUAGAGUCGGCCAAUAUGAGGUGUCUUGCAGUAGCUGUUCUUGAUUUUGCUUUGACUUCUGUGUUUUAUUGACACCACUAUAUUGACACUCAAACAGCUUUACAUGAUGAACACUAUAGACUAGACUAUACAAGAAGAUUAUAUCUCUUGACCACCAGACCUGCUGUGUCAUUCAUAACUCCAGUCUGUAUUUCAGGGAAACCAUUCAAGUAAACAGAAGUGCUGAUUUA